AAGAAGCUCAUAAGUGUGAAGUGUCAUUGACUUUUAGGAGGACGUUAGGCCGUGAUAAAAAAGAAUAUUAUGUUCUUAAACGAUAUAGACCCACAAUUUAUUAAAUCUUUAAAUUGUUUAUACUCAAGUGAGACUUUAGUAAAGGGUGACACGGUGCCAUUGCAAUAUUAUUUAGAAGAAGCUAUUAAAAGUAAGGUUGGGGUUAGUAAAGACCUGUCUGCUGUCGUUGCAACGUCUUUUAAGCAAAGAAGAGUGACGGAAUUUAAACCUUUUAUUAACACUCUUGAAGAGAGCAAUGGCUCAAGCUCGGAUAAAGAAUUAGAAUUAGAUUUAUUGAAGGAGGAUUUGAUGUGUAUUGUUUGCAAUGGGAUGGACGUGGGGGCCCGCAAUCGGCUGCUAGAAUGUUCAGAUUGUCACAUGCUUUAUCACCAGGAAUGUCACAAGCCAAUUGUGACAAAUCAGGAUUCUUUUGAUAGUUGGGUUUGCCAGAAUUGCAAGGACGCUAAUAAGAAAAUGAAAUUGGCGACAACUACAUCAGUAUCAAGUCCUUCUUCUUCUCACACGAAGGUUUCUUCCUCAUCGUCUUCAUCCUCUUCUUCAUCAACAUCGUCGUCAAAGUCAACCUCAUCUCAUCGGCAUUCAAGUAGCGGCUCGUACAAGUCAGGUGCCGAUUCCAAAAGCGAUAAAUAUACGAAAACAAAUACGUCUAGUAAAACUUCAUCUUCAAGUACGUCAAAACCUGCCACUACUAGUUCAAGUACUUCUCGCACAAUUACUCCUAAUAUUAAUAUCAUUAGUGCCGAUAAAAGAAUUCAGAUUAUGAAAAAGAAAGCUGCUAAACUUCAAGAGAAGCGCUUAACUCGAUUAACACGAUAAUUAUAGGAAAUUUUAACCAAAAUUUGCUGUAUAUCAUGUAUCUUAUAAUCUUUGUAUGUAUAUUAAUUAUAUUUGGAUGAUUUAAUAAAAUUUUGCCGAAUUUUACCAAAAACGCGUAGUGUUCUAU